AUGAGCGUCGCUGUUGGAUCUCAAACCACUGUCGUCGACGAUGCGCUCUUCAAAGAUUAUAAAAUUUCUCGUGCAUUCCUCUUUCCUGGCCAGGGUGCACAAGCUGUUGGAAUGGGUGUGGAGGCUCAAAAAGUGACUGCUGCAGCUGAAUUAUACAAGAGAGCAAACGAUAUUUUGGGGUUUGACCUUUUGGAUGUUUGCAUCAAUGGACCAAAAGAAGAGCUUGAUUCCACGGUUUUAAGUCAGGUAUGCCAUCAUGGUUGCAAUAUUGAUAUUUUCCUUGUCUAUGUAGACUCUAUUCUCAUCUAUCCUGAAGGAAAAUCAGACGAACUCUAG